GGCUGGAAGGAGCCUAUAGGUACCAAUAUGGCGGAGGCUUCCUUCGGGAGUUCGAGCCCAGUUGGCUCUUUAUCGUCUGAAGAUCAUGACUUCGAUCCGACAGCAGAUAUGCUAGUCCACGAAUAUGACGACGAGAGGACUUUGGAGGAGGAAGAGUCAUUGGAGGGCGAGAGAAACUUUAACUCAGAGAUAGCCGAUCUGGAGAAGGAGGGGAACAUGCCGUUGGAGGAACUGCUGGCCAUCUACCGCUACGAGGCGUCUGUCAGUACGGCUGCAGGCUCCAGCAUGGACAGCUUUUCUGGGGAGCUAACGGAUGAGCUGCCAGACAUGACUUUGGACAAGGAGGAGAUAGCUAAAGACCUGCUAUCAGGGGACUAUGAGGAGGAGACCCAGUCCUCCGCUGAUGACCUCACCCCUUCAGUCACCUCCCAUGAGGCCACUGACUUUUUCCCCAGAACACUCAGAUCUAAUACUAUCUACGACGGUGAUAAGGAGUCCGAGUGUGAGGAGGAUGGGCCAAGCCUAGAGGACUCCAGAAAGGAAAUAAUGGUGGGGUCGGAGCACCAAGCAGAGGUCCCCACCCACCUCUGUCACUAUGGCGACGAUAAGGUAUACGAAGAUGAUGACCAGUUGCUAUGGAGCCCGGACGUGUUGUCAGAAAGCAAGGUCAGAGACUUCCUGUGUGAGGCGUCGUCACGGGCGACCGAUGAGAGGACAGGAAGUGACAUGGCAGGGGCUCAUGUGAGCGACAAUGAGCAGGCUCUGUAUGAGCUUGUGAAAUGUAACUACAAUACCCCUGAAGCACUGGAGAGGUAUUGCAGUAACGUGAACUCAUCAAAGGAGGAAUCCCCACCGUGGUCUGAAGAUGAAUGCAGAAACUUUGAACAUGCACUACAGCUAUACGAUAAGAACUUUCACCUCAUACAGAAGCACAAGGUUAAGACACGGACGGUAGCUGAAUGUGUUGCCUUUUACUACAUGUGGAAGAAGUCGGAGCGCUUUGAUUUCUUUGUCCAGCAGAAUCGCUUUGGCAAGAAGAAGUAUAGCAGCUAUCCUGGUGUAACGGACCUGAUGGACCGGCUGGUGGACGAGGCGGAGGGCCUGGCAGUAGACAGCUCCUCCUCUGUGUGCUCAGGCGGAGGAGGAGGGGUGAGGAUGGAGCCCACCACAGAGCAGCAGCUCAGCCUGCUCAACUCCAUCACUGCCAGCGACCUCACAGCCCUGAGUAACAGCGUGGCCACAGUGUGCAGCCCAGCGGAGGUGAGCUGCCUGGACUCGUACGGUUUCCCCCCUCUGGAGAGCCUCCACCGGGGGUCCCUGGCACAGGAAGAGCCCCUGGGCUUCCCCUCCAACGGAGGAGAUCCCGACUGUCUCAACAUGCUGGACGCUGGCUUCUACCACUCAGACCUGGGCCAGCGGGGAGGGGUGUACGGGGGCAAGGACUGCGAGCGGCCUUCUAAGAGGCUCAAGUUGGCGCUGCCCGACUCUUUCAUCAACGACGUUUCCGUGGGUAACCUCGGAGUGGACUUUGAGGGGCGGCGGAACACGGCACACCACCGCAUCACCGGCACCAAGAUGGCGGUGUCCGUCACGGACUUUGGGGGCUUGGCGGGCAGUGGGGAGCCCAAUGGGUUUAUGGGAGCACAUGCACGACGUCACAGCACGGCGCUGCAGUCAGAGUGACCACCCCCGCCCCCAGAAUCCCACUUUUAAAUCCACUAUCCCAUGUGUACAUAAGACUCACUCACUGGAGAUUUUUGUUUGAUAAUUAUAUAUACACAUUUAUUUCGUUUUUGAUUUUAUUUGUGAAAUAUGACAUCAGUGAUGUCUUUAUCGUAUAGAACAAAAAAUCUUGAUUUCUCAAGAGUUUAUAUAGCCAUUUAUUUUCCGCGGCCCUGAGAUGUCAGUGUCCAUGUAGAGUGGGGCCCAGCCCAGCCUGUCUCGGAGGCUGCGGAUAGACAGUUGUGUUUUGUUCCUCAUCCCUCACACACACAUCUACAGACGAUUUCUUCAAAGCUACGUAAUCCUGCCACUCAUAUACAGUUGCCAAACCAGCUUUGUUCUGGUUUACUAAGUUUGUUCAUUAUUAAAGUGUUAUUUUUGAUUAACAAUCCGUGUUUACAGGUACUUGCAGAAACCAGGCUUGGUCAAAUGUGUUUUGUCCGAGAGGAGCCUGGGUUUUGUACUUAAUGCAACAACACUCGUUGGUGUUGAGGCGGUGUAGGUUAUAACUAGGAGCAUAUCAGUUGCUAGGAUGUUUUUCUCUCCCUCCUUUGUUUUUGUUCCUGUGGAAGCUUCUUUUGUACUCUGCUUGCUUUUUUCAGACUUUAACAGUCUGAAGUGGCCAAACCAGAGGAGAAUGUUCUAGAAUUUGAACAAUAUAUUAUAUGAUGAUUUUCCUGUGUUCAGCUGUGACAGAGCUUGCCAAAACAUUUUAAACCUUUUUUAAAUCCGCCAAUUUUAUUAGCGGAGUCAAGUGAUCAAUGUAAAGACUAAAAGGCUGGGUCUGACACCCGACUAAUCUGGGCAGUUUUAUCUGUCCAUCAGAUUAUCUGAAACAUGCCCUUAUAAAUCAGUCUCUUAUUGCCCCAGAAAUUAGCCAAUAUCAUGACAAUAUUUUACAUUAUGACAGAACAGUUUUUGGAUUGGCAUUAUAGCGUUGCACUGAGAUGUCAUGUGUUCAGCUCCAGUAAUGUAUAUAGUUUCUGCCCUGUACUCUUAGCACAACAUGUAUUUCUUCAUAAAUCUAUUUGGCCCCAGCUGAGUGCUAAUUGUGCUGUUUGCAUGUUCAUCAUGGAGCUUGAUCAAUCUGCAAAAGUUAGUAUUAUUUCUUUAUUUAAAGCCACUUUUUUUCCUUUUCUGCAACUUCCACUGUACUGACUGGAGGAUGCCUUGUAUUAUCCGGUCCAUACUUUAAUGUCCAGUUGCAGUCUGACAGAGAUUCAACUUCUAUUUCUCUUGACUGAACUAAUUGUGAAGUGUUGAGUGUCGGGGGGGCAUGUCAUCAUUGUCUUUUUAAUGUAUGCAGUAGUGAUUGCUUAAUUUACCUAUGCAUUGUGAGUUUGAUAAUUAGUUGGUUUCAGGGGUGUAUAUAUACUGAACAAAAAUAUAAACGCAACAAUUUCAACGAUUUUACAGAGUUACAGUUUACAGAAGGAAAUCAGUCAAUUGAAAUAAAUGAAUUAGGCCCUAAUCUAUGUAUUUCACAUGACUGGGCAAGGGCUCACCCCACUGGGUGCCAGGCCAAUCAGAAUUAGUUUUUCCUCACAAAAGGCCCCCCCCCCCCCAGGCUAUCCCACAGGUCU